AUGGCGUCCUCGAAAAGUCCUGAACAGGGCCUGGAUGCAGACAGAGGUGUAGAAGUCGAAGAACGGAUUCACGGAAGAGGCGAUAGGAGAGGAGGCGCGAGAGGGGCGAGAGGGGGAAAGGGCGGAAGACCGAUGAAUAGAGAGGUGGAGGUUUCGAAGGCGCUGAGUAAAUUGCUGAGGCAUGCUGCUGAGGAGCAGGGGAUUAAAUUGGAUGAUGAGGGAUAUGCUUCGUUGGAACAGGUCAUGUCAUGGUCCCGCCUCAAAUCCCUAAACGUCUCAUUCUCCGACAUCCUCACAGCAGUAAACGACAACGCCAAAAGCAGAUUCUCCAUGAAACCUAACCCGAAAUCCCCUCAGCCCGUCCAGCCAGACUCCACCAACCCAUCCGACUGGGUAAUCCGCGCCAACCAAGGACACUCCAUCGCCAUCGAAUCCGCCUCCCUAUUAAAACCAAUAACUUUGGAAGCCGGUAACAUUCCCGAUGUCGUGGUCCACGGCACGUAUUUUGCUUUCUACCAAGCUAUUGUUGACACCGGCGGACUGAAGAAGAUGACGAGGACGCAUAUUCAUUUCGGCACCGCGUUGCCGGGGGAUAAGGGUGUGGUAUCGGGGAUGAGAAAUGAUGCUGAGUUAUUAAUUUACGUGGAUGUGAGGAAGGCGCUUGAGGAGGGGGUUUUGUGGUGGAUUAGCGAGAAUGGGGUUGUGCUUACGGAGGGGGAUGGGGAGGGAGUGCUGAGUUCGAGGUUCUUUAAGAGGGUGGUGGGGAGGAGGGAGGAGGAGUGUCCUGUUUUGUGGGUAGAUGGGGAGAGAGUUGGUGAGUUGCCUGAGAAAUUGAGGGGGAGGAAACCGCCUUUUGGGGGGAAGGGGAGAGGAGGUGGUGGGCGUGGUGGGAGAGGGAAAGGGAGAGGGGGGAGGGGAAGAGGUGGAGAUCGAGGUGAAGGAGCUGGUGUUGUUGCCAGUACCGGGGCAGAAGUGACUGGAGGAGAGCCUUAA